UACGUACGUGUGCGCCACGUACAUGCACUCAUCGUGCGCUCACAACAAUAGAAGAAGUUGCAUAGCAACACAAGCGAAAUGGCCGAGAAUAUUUCAGUGGAAAACGCUAAAUGGGUUGCAAAUUUAGAAAAAAUGGAUGGCAGGUUGCGGCUUGGAGAGUUGCUUGGCUGGGCGAUGGAAGAUUUUGAUGAAGAUGCUCAAAUGAGAGAAUCAAUUCUUCUAGACUUCCUCUAUGGAAGCUUGAUGUUUGGAGUCCAGAAGGGUGUCCCUUGGUCACAGGUCCCAGCACUCGUACAGGUCGCAUCACAGUUUCAACAAGGAACAAUUGGUCAACCACUAUCAUCAGCAAUCAAGAUUUAUCGUGAAAUCUCCCAGCGAUACCUGAAUGAGAAUAAAAUCAGUGAGAGCAACCUUAGACUCUUCACCAGCCACUUGUUUGAAACCUACAUGGCCCACUAUCAACUCUACCAGAUGGUAUUCACUACAGACAGGGAACCAAUGACUGUAAAGCAACACCUAGAUGUCAUUCCUCCACCAGAAGCCUAUCCUCUUGAUGAAGCUAAACCACUGAGUGUUUGGGAAUACGAAAGACAAAUAAAUGAAUUGGAAGAGGAAGAGAAGUCUAGAUUGAAUGACAUCAAGGUACAGGAAGAGACAAUCCUCAAUGACAUAGAGGAGAACCAACCCUUCAAGGAGAGCAAAGACUCUGUCCUAGACAGACAGCAAGUAUCUGAGUUGAUUCAGGAUGCGAUCCAGCACCACACCUCUCAGACCGAGAAGCUGCUUCAGACCAGGGUAGAAGGAACCCUUGAAGACCUCUCUUUCUACCUCGAGAAGACUGCCCUGCCCCGCCCAGAGCACCUUGGCCCCCCUCCAAGGACCAAGGAUCCGCCCAGGCUGUCUGCAAAGAGCAGAGCUGGUGUGACAUCAGCAAAGUCAAAGAAGUCCAAGAAAUCUGCAAAGACCAAGUGAAAUUUAAAAGGCAACGGUACAGAGGAGAAAUUUCCAAGUCAUUCUAUGUAAUUUUAUUUGGGGCAAUGUUGUAAGACAGUGAUCCAUUGUGAUAAUGGUAUGCUUUGUCACUGUUGUUUCUUGUUGGGAAGACGCAUGUAUGAAUGUUAUGAUGGGAGAUGUGCAUUGAAAUUCAAUAUCAGAUUUCCCUUUAAAGGCAGGGUAUUCUACUGACUCUACUUCAUAUUUACUCAUACUACUAUCAGCUGCUCACAAUGUACCGACUUGUCGACAGCAACGUCCCACAAUGCAUCAUCAACUGAAUAACACAUGAGUAAUGAUGCUUGGGUACAGGAACAGGAAAUUGAUGUACGCCUUCAUCAAAAAUGCCGCAAUUGAAAAUACAUUACAGCAGUGGUAGUGAUGUACGUAAAAUAACCUGCCUUUAACUGAAGCUGAUAGGGCAAUUCAGGCUUUGUUAACAUGUGUUCAGUUGUGUGAAAGCAAAAAAUAUGAGAAACAGAAUGUAAAAAUUUAAAAUAAAUCAGACAAAUUAUAAGAAAAUUAUUUUUGUUCCAACUUUGAAAUAUGAGAUCACUUAAUCUCUGUGAAUCUGCAACUGGCUAUUUGGUCAUUGGAUUGUGAUGUAUUGGAUGCAUUGGAUUGUGAUUGUGACGUACUCAUGGUCAACUCUCCCUUUUUUCAACUACCAUCAAAGAUAUCACUAUUUUCUUUUUUCUAAUACCGGGUAAGCAUCUGUUACCUUGUGGCACUACUCAAAAUGAGUACCAUACUAUCAUAAGUUACCAAAAAAGAAAUAUUCUGAGUAAUACAUUUUGAAAUAUAAAUAUUUUAGUAAUUGUUUGUUGGAACAUACAGGAGAAUUAUCCUGCACUACGUCAUGGUGAAAUAGUGAUUCGGUGAAAAUUUCCGUAGGAACAGUGGUUGCCCAUAAUUUUUUUUACAAAUUCAUAACUUUCUUGAUAUUUGUCCCAUUUUUCAACUUCACCAAUCUGCAUCCUUUUAGACUAAUUUUCAUUCUUGUAUCUGGCUUGUGUGAAAAGAAAGCAACAAAAUCUGCUCGUAUUCAUGUAUAUAUUUUUCUUAUUUAUGAUGUAAUAAAUAUUUAUUUGUUAAAAAAGUUUAAUAUAUUUGUGAGCAAAUGAAUUUUACUGUUACAGCUCGUAACAUGUCAUUAACUGUCUUUUUUUUUAAUUUUAAAUUUAGACAUGUAUCUUUUUAUCAGCAACUUAUCUUCUUAUCAGCAACUUAUCUUCUUAAAAAUGUUCAGAUGUUGAAAACAAUAAGCAAUAUUUAAUUUGAAUUGAUACAUUAAAAGCAAAUAUUGAAUAAC